AUGUCAGUUUACAUUGUUUCCACUGCUAGAACACCUAUUGGUUCCUUCCAAGGUGGAUUAGCCUCAUACACCUACUCAGAUCUCGGAUCUCAUGCUGUCAAGGCAGCUUUAGCCAAGGUGCCACAAAUCAAAUCUGAAGACGUCGAGGAAAUCUUUUUUGGUGGUGCUCUUCAAGCUAACGUUGGUCAAAACCCAGCUAGACAAGUUGCCCUCAAGUCUGGUCUUCCAGAAAGUAUCGUCGCUACCACUAUCAACAAGGUGUGUGCCUCUGGUUUAAAGUCUAUCAUUCUUGGUACUCAAACCAUCUUAACUGGUACUGCUGACAUCGUUGUCGCCGGUGGUGCUGAAUCUAUGACCAAUACACCAUACUACGUUCCAGCAGCUCGUUCUGGUGCUAGAUUUGGUGACUCUACCUUGGUUGAUGGUGUCCAAAAGGAUGGUUUAUUGGAUGUCUAUGAACAAAAAUUGAUGGGUGUUGCCGCUGAAAAGUGUGCUAAGGACCAUGGAUUCUCAAGAGACGACCAAGAUUCCUUCGCUGUUCAAUCCUAUGCUAAGGCUGCUGCUGCUCAAAAGGCAGGUAAGUUUGAAAGUGAAAUCACUCCAGUUACCAUCAAGGGAUUCCGUGGUAAGCCAGAUACUGUCAUCUCUAACGAUGAAGAAGUUGCUAACUUCAACGAAUCUAAGUUAAGAGCCGCCAGAACUGUAUUCCAAAAGGAAAACGGUACUGUCACCGCCCCAAAUGCCUCCCCAUUGAACGAUGGUGGUGCCGCUGUUAUUCUUGUCAGUGAAGCUAAAUUAAAGGAAUUGGGCUUAAAGCCAUUAGCUAAGAUUAGUGGAUGGGGUGAAGCUGCCAGAGCUCCAAUUGAUUUCACCAUUGCUCCUGCCUUAGCCGUUCCAAAGGCCUUCAAGCACGCUGGUUUAAGUGGUGUUGAAGACAUUGAUUUCUUCGAAUUAAAUGAAGCCUUCUCUGUUGUUGGUUUAGCUAAUGCUAAGCUUAUUGAUAUCCCUUCAGACAAAUUAAAUGUUUAUGGUGGUGCUGUUGCCUUAGGCCACCCAUUGGGAUGUUCUGGUGCUAGAAUUGUCGUCACUUUAUUGAAUGUCUUGACUCAAGAAAAGGGUAAGAUUGGAUGUGCCGGUGUUUGUAACGGUGGUGGUGGUGCUUCUGCCAUUGUUAUCGAAAGAAUUGAAAAUGAUUCCAAGUUGUAG